AUGGAAAUCGAAGAAAUCGGGGAACUCGUUCCAUCUUCUUCCACUUCGGUUCAUAGGUGGAAGUACGACGUGUUCGUGAGCUUCAGGGGCGGGGACAUAAGGAAGAAUUUCGCGGCCCACCUCUUCCACGAGCUGAAGCAGGCGGGGAUCUACUACUUCGCGGACAAUGAAAAAGAGGAGACAGGGAUUCUCAUUGAGGGUGUUGCGAUUAAGCAGUUCGCUUCGGGCUUAAACUCGAGACAUAUUUUAACAGAGGGCAAGCUGCUCGAUGCGAUUCACCAUUCAAGGGUUUCUCUCGUUGUGUUCACUGCCAACUACGCCGACUCGCGGUGGUGCUUGAACGAGCUGGUGGAGAUCCUGGAGUCGCAACAGGAGGUGAUCGAUACUCACUUUGCUCUUCUGCAAUUGUUACAGGUACAUUUAGAUUAUCCAACUGAAUACUUGACUUUGGUGUCAGGCUACACUAGAGAAGAUUCUUGUCAUGUCAUCAACUCUCUUACCUUCCACAGCAAUAAGAGGGCACAUGGGCCAAUUGGCGAGGAGAAAGGGAAGUUUUUCAGUUUUCCACAAGUUAAUGGAAAGAUCAUUGGUUUUCAUGGAAGGUGUGGCAUUUUUCUAGAUUCUAUUGGAGCUCAUUUUGGCCCUGUCUUUUAUCCAUAUCCCUUCGAAGUUGUAGGGCCAUUUGGAAAUGGGAAAAACCGAUGGGAUGAUGGCAAGCGUGCAGAUAUCAGACAAAUUGUUGUAGUCUCUGGUUCUGCAAUUGAAUCUGUUAGUUUUACCUAUGAGGAGGGUCCUCCUUUCAGACACGGUACAACUCAUGGUGGCGAAAGAAACACGAUAAAUCUAGACUAGCUAACUGAAGUUCUUAUUUCGGUUUCGGGAUAUAUUGUGAAUGAUUUUGGUUCUACUGUCAUCCAUUCACUCACAUUCCAAAGCAAUAAAAGGACAUAUGGACCAUUCGGCACUGAAACCGGAAGGAAGUUUUCAUUUCCAGCAACUGGUG